AACAGGAAAUUUUAAUUUUUAAAAUACCUACCUACACCAGUUCUAAUAAGUAAAAAUGGCCGGGAUUGGAAUGUGUGAAACUCCAGGGUGUAAAUCUAUCGCCCAGCUUCAAUGUCCGACGUGUAUCAAACUCGGGAUCCAAGGUUCAUUUUUCUGCAACCAGGACUGCUUCAAGAAGUCGUGGAAAUCUCAUAAAAUCAUCCAUUCAUUAGCGAAAGGUGAAAGUACAGAUGGAUCAGGUGUUGAAUAUGAUCCAUGGCCAUCUUACAACUUCACUGGGAAGCUGAGGCCAUUUCCACCGGGCCCUAAAAGGACUGUACCACCUCAUAUAGGCCGUCCAGACUAUGCCGAUCAUCCUACCGGGUUCCCCGCAUCUGAGUAUGCUGCGAAAGGUUCCGGACAGAUCAAAGUGUUGGAUGAUGAAGAGAUUGAGGGUAUGAGAGUCGCUUGCCGCCUUGGAAGAGAGGUUCUAGAUGAGGCUGCCAAAGUGUGUGACGUAGGAGUGACAACCGAUGAGAUUGACAGAGUGGUGCAUGAGGCAUGCAUUGAGAGGGAGUGCUAUCCCAGCCCGCUCAACUACCACAAUUUCCCUAACAGCUGUUGCACCUCAGUUAACGAGGUCAUAUGCCACGGGAUACCUGACUUACGUCCACUGCAAGAUGGUGACGUAUGCAAUGUUGACGUAACAGUGUACCACAGAGAGUUCCAUGGGGAUUUGAACGAGACCUUCUUUGUGGGCAAUGUUCCUGAAUCUACUAAGAAGCUAGUGCAAGUCACCCAUGAAUGCUUACAGAAGGCUAUAGAGAUUGUCAAACCCGGCGAGAAGUACCGGGAGAUUGGGAAUGUUAUACAGAAGCACGCACAGGCGAACGGGUUCAGCGUAGUGCGAUCAUACUGUGGUCAUGGGAUACAUAGACUGUUUCAUACAGCGCCUAAUGUGCCACAUUAUGCAAAGAACAAAGCAGUGGGUAUGAUGAAGCCGGGCCACUGCUUUACCAUAGAGCCCAUGAUCAACGAGGGCGGCUGGCGGGACGAGCAGUGGCCUGACCACUGGACCGCCGUCACUGCAGACGGAUCUAGAUCUGCACAGUUCGAACAAACUCUUCUGGUAACGGAGACCGGGUGCGACAUCCUCACGAGGCGUGCGUCGGGUCGGCCUUGGUUCAUGGACCAGUUGGAUAAGUCACAAUAGUUAUAUCCACUAAAUGUCAUCCACUGAGAUAGGAUAGUUAUUUGUUGUGUUCUACUGUGUGUGUACUGUGGUUUAAGAGGAACAAUGAGGAUCUGAACAAGACAAAUCUGACUUGUGGUCACAAUGAUGCGUUUAAUCCUUCCAGCGUUAUCAUCUCACGACUGAUUAAACUCUGGUUAUGUGGUAUUCUUACCUUAAAACGAGGUCGCUUUCACCUAGCACCGCAUCGAAAAUGAAGUAAAAAUACAGGAUUAUUUUAGACCCAUCAUUAUGAACUUAGUCUAAUCAUCGUCUAGCUAAAUGUAAGUCCGUUACUCAAAUCUUGAUUCUGAAAACGCUGGAUAAAGACUGAAUCUGAACGUUUUACUCCUCAGAGCCUCGGGUCGGAUCUAAAGAUAUAUGUAGAUUUCAUAUACAUAUCACAGGAAAUCUGUGAAAUUUAAGUAUUCUAUACAAUACCUAGACAAUCUGUAAACUACCUGAAUAUGAAUUUUGGUUAUAUACUCGCACUCUACCUCGGUAUCUAACAAUAAUAUACAAUGCCUAGGAAUUGUAUAGAUUACCUGCUGGUUCACCGGCAAUGUGUAAAUUAAAUAAGUUUGGUCUGUAUUUAUCAAUAUUAUGUAAGUAACCUACUUAUAUAUCAAGUAAACUGCCAUUGUGUGACCAAUUUUCCAAGGUUUUUUCACUUUUUUACAUUCAAUACGCCCCAUAGACCUGAUGACCCCAGGGUCAGAGUAAUGUCGUUGAUAGCGAUAAAAUAUAGUUAUUUGUCAUAAACAAAACAAAAUUGGUUUUUACGGUGAGUGCACGUAUUCAAUGCCGAGCAAGCGAAGGAUUCUAAAUUGAACCAUGCGAGGGGUUUAAAAAAGAAUCCUGAGCGUUUCGAGGCUUUCAAAGAGCACACGAGAUAUAAAUAAAUAUGCUGCUGUGCGCAACACAAAUUUUUCAUCUUACUACAGCGAGAAAAAUGCUAAGUAUAAGAAAUCUCAUUCUGGCAAUACAUACUCGAAUGUAGCAAGCUCUCUACCAACAUAUAUUGAUGUAAUUGUGACUUUACACAAUAAUCUGAGAUUGAGUCAACAUCUCUCAAGGAUUCUCUGUUUUUGGGGUGAAUCGCACGUGAUUUGUUAUUUAUUUAUUACUUUAUUGAUACCAAACAAUAUAUACAAUAGCUCUGCCAGGACCUUCGACGGUCGACGGCGGUCGCCGACUGCAGUCAGCGACGUCUCGGCGGCAGCUAUAGGCUACUUCAGUUGACUCUCGGCGGCGGUCGAGGGUCGUUGGCUGCCGCUGAGACGUCGAUGACUGCAGUCGACUGCGGUCGUCGGUAGCAGUUGCCGCUCGUGUAAAUGAACUCUUAUGCCCCAUGUCGCUUCAAAAAGUGCCGUGGCCCUGCGGUUGAUGGUCAUUAAUAUUGUAUGAGACCCCCUGUAUUAUGAGACCCCUUAUGUAUCUCAGUGGAUGGUUAUGUACAGUCUAAAUUGUAUGAAUUUAUUAAUGAGUGUGAUUAUUGUUUAUGAAUUAUGAAUGAAUAAAUGUCACUGUUGAAAUAAUGUAA